AUGAUUGUGAUUGGCUGGAUACUUUUUGUUGGACUUGCAUGUUAUCUGGGGACGUUUCCUGAAGCAAUGCAUCCCACACUAAAAUGGAUAGAGAGACAGCCUAUCCAGCCUAUUCAUGACCGAAAAGGUCGACCGAGGAGCGUGCUUUUGGAUGAAGACAAGUGA